AUGGAGUUCGUGACCAACGAACUAUCAGAUAUCCCCGAAAUUGCGACCAUAUACAAAUCCUACCCUCGCAAUGUGCUCCGAGCAGACCUCCUCAGAUACCUCCUUCUCUGGUACUUUGGAGGCUUCUACGCUGACAUCGAUGUCUUCCCCGCUCGGACGAUCAACACCUGUCCAGCGCUAGAGCCCUUCUUUACACCCGCCGACGAAUCCACAGAAAGCACUGAUACCGAUGUAUCGCUCGUUAUUGGAAUUGAAGUCGACGAGCCAUACGCUUCGCAACAAUUCAUGCGCGACUGGCACUGGACAAGGAGUUACGGACUCAUCCAGUAUACCAUGUAUGCACCGCGACGUUUCAGUCCGCUUCUCCGCGAAACUAUCGUGCGGGUCUUGUCACAUACCAGACAAUACAACAGUCAACAUAGCAGCUUCCUCCCCAGUCUGACGUAUGAUGAAAAGACUAUAUUAGGAGUUACGGGACCUGAUGUGUUUACGGAUGCUAUUCUUGACACACUUUCCUCUUCGCUGCCUUCGACACAUCCGCUCGUUCAGCAAUCUGUCGACGCAGAUGAGGAUAUAGGGGACCUUCUCUCUCCAGAACUUGGGGACUUGAAGGAACGGGUAACGUGGGCUCCGUUUCAUAGACUCCGUGACCCUGUCUGCGUUCAGGCUGAUGAAGCUGUCGCGGAUAAGUCUAUGGGCGGACUAUGCGUAUUGCCAAUCAGUGUUUGGGGGAAUGGACAGAGACAUAGUCAGGCGGGAGGAUUUAAUCAUCCCGACGCAUGUGUCAAUCAUCGGUUUGGGCGGACGUGGAAGAAGGGGUGGUGGGAGUAUAUAUUUGGGUGA